AUGGCGGACGUGAGUGGCGAUCCAAGUGAAGUGUUCGAGAUCGAGCUCCACGAGGAUGACAAGGCGCACGAUUCCGACGAUGACAGGAUCGAAUUGGACGAUGUUGACCUAGAACCGGAAUUGAGCAUAAAUUUACACCCAGACAGCAGCGAGGGCCAGGAGACCAUACAGCUAUCCGAGGAGAAUGUCAAUCCCGGCAAAAUCAAAUUGGGACCCAAAGAUUUCGAGUUGAAGAAAGUGCUGGGAAAAGGUGGCUAUGGCAAAGUUUUUCAGGUGCGCAAGACGGCCGGACGUGAUGCCAACAAAUAUUUUGCCAUGAAGGUGCUCAAGAAGGCCUCGAUAGUGACAAAUCAAAAGGACACAGCACACACGCGUGCCGAGCGCAACAUACUCGAGGCGGUCAAGCAUCCCUUUAUUGUGGAGUUAGUCUAUGCGUUUCAAACAGACGGUAAACUAUACCUUAUACUAGAAUAUCUAAGCGGCGGCGAGCUCUUUAUGCAUUUAGAACGCGAGGGAAUCUUUCUAGAGGACACCACAUGCUUCUAUCUCAGCGAAAUAAUUCUGGCACUUGGCCAUCUACACAAACUUGGCAUCAUUUACCGCGAUCUGAAGCCGGAGAACAUUCUACUGGACGCGCAAGGACAUGUCAAGCUAACGGAUUUCGGUCUGUGCAAGGAGCACAUACAAGAGGGUAUUGUCACCCACACCUUCUGCGGCACAAUUGAGUACAUGGCACCCGAAAUUCUGACAAGAAGUGGCCACGGCAAAUCCGUCGAUUGGUGGUCGUUGGGUGCACUAAUGUUUGAUAUGUUGACGGGUGUGCCGCCCUUCACCGCCGAGAAUCGAAAGAAGACUAUCGAGACUAUUUUGAAAGCAAAACUUAAUCUGCCAGCCUACCUCACACCUGAAGCCAGAGACUUGGUGCGUCGUCUGAUGAAACGCCAGGAGCCACAGCGUCUGGGCAGUGGUCCUGAAGAUGCGGCGGCAGUGCAGAGACAUCCGUUCUUCAAGCACGUCAUUUGGGACGAUGUCCUUGCACGACGUUUAGAACCGCCCAUUAAACCGUUACUGCGAAGCGAGGAUGACGUCUCACAAUUCGACACAAGAUUUACAAGACAGAUUCCAGUUGAUUCACCGGACGAUACAACGCUCAGCGAAAGUGCCAAUUUAAUUUUUCAAGGUUUCACCUACGUUGCACCCUCAAUUCUGGAGGAUAUGCAUCGGGCCAAUCGCAUGCCAGCGCGCUCGCCACGUCGCACACCCCGCCAGCUUCCGGACAACAGUUUUCGGCUGCAGUUCCCGUCCGCCAAUGCCAAUGUGGGCCCGCAUGCGUCCAUGAGCGUGCAAAGGUCAACGAUGUUCGCACGUGCCACACCGCCCCAUCAUAUGCAGACGUUUGUGCCGCGCGCCUCCCCCGCGCAGGAGGAGAUGAUGGACGUGCAGCACGGCCUGCCGAUGGUCUAGUAUGCUGGACGCCACAAACAGCUAUAAAUGAGAGUUACUAUUAUGACGUAUGGAAAUUGAAAAGCUACAGAGAGAGAGAGAGAGAGAGGACAACAGCGUGUCUAACACGAACGUGCAUGUGGGAGGCCCAGAACCCGAAG